UACCCGGCAAAAAGUAGUGAAUGUGUUUAUAAAGUAAAUGUUUUAUAUCAGACUCAGCAGUUAGAGAGGAGUGAUGGAGCUGUAGGAGGAAGGGGAACUGCAGGAGGAGGUUGUUUUUAUUGCUCUGCUUUUAAUAUUAUAAGUUUGUUUUAUUUAAAAACAUGUCUGUUUUUGAGUCGCGCGCCGCGAGUUUGCGCAGUUUAUAAAGGCAAAGGCGCAAAAUGAGGAGCAGCUAGGAGAGGAACACACACCCUAACACACACACACACACACACACACACACCCUGGAAAUAAGGUUCUCCCUGAGCACACACAGGAUUACAGUCGGGAUGAAGAAGAUGAAGAUGAUGUGUGAAAUUUCUUCUUAACUUUUCUGCAUCUGAGUCUUUUCCCUGCGCGCGCGGUUUGAGGCUCUCCGAGGUGUUGAGAGACAAUCCUGUGGAUAUAAUGCCCAGUAAGAGUGUGAUAAACGCACACGUGAACAUCAGAACAGAUGAAGCUCCUAAAUCCAGCUCAGGACGGUCCAGGAAAAGGAAAGCAGAUGUUGCAGUUCACUUGCAGGAUCCGGACGAGGACGUUACAGACGUUCAGACGAGAAAGAAGCAGUGUCCGUCCCAGCAGACGUGCCGGGAUCAGACGUGCCGGGAUCAGACGUCAGCGUCCUUGCUGCAUCAGGUGGAUAAACCGGUUGAAAUUGGCAGCAUGGGAUUCACACACUACACCAGCAGGAGUGUGUUCCUCACACCGACACGGCCCUCGCCCCUGCCUGCCCUGUGUUGGGCGAGUAAAGACGACGUGUGGAACAACCUGCUGAGGAAAGAUCAACUUUACCUCCACAACGUCCAUGUGAUGGAGAGACACCCCAACCUGCAGCCCAAAAUGAGGGCCAUUCUGCUGGACUGGUUAAUCGAGGUGUGUGAGGUGUAUAAACUCCACAGAGAGACGUUCUAUUUGGGUCAGGAUUAUUUCGAUCGCUUCAUGGCCACACAGAAGAACGUACAGAAGUCCACGCUGCAGCUCAUCGGCAUUUCUGCUCUCUUCAUCGCCGCUAAGAUGGAGGAGAUCUAUCCUCCGAAGGUGCACCAGUUUGCGUACGUGACGGACGGAGCGUGUACGGAGGACGAGAUCCUCAGCAUGGAGGUCAUCAUCAUGAAGGAGCUGAAUUGGAGUCUAAGUCCGGUGACUCCGGUGUCGUGGUUGAACAUCUACAUGCAGAUGGUGUAUCUGAAGGAUUCCACUGAGGUUCUCAUGCCACAGUUUCCUCAGACCACGUUCGUACAGAUCGCUGAGCUGUUGGAUUUGUGCAUUUUGGAUGUCAGUAGUCUGGAAUUCUCCUCAAGCCUGCUGGCAGCUUCAGCUUUGUUCCACUUCUCAUCUCUGGACCUCAUCAUGAAGGUGUCUGGGUUGAAGUGGUGUGAUAUGGAGCGCUGUGUGAGGUGGAUGGUGCCGUUUGCGAUGGCGAUACGUGAAGUUGGAAGCUCCUCCUUAAAAACGUUUAAAGGCAUUCCAGCAGAGAACACACACAGCAUACAGAACCACGCCCCCUACCUGGACUGGCUGGGAAGGGUUCAGUCCCAUCAGCUGGAGGAUUCGGAACACAGCCAGACCUCGCUCGUCCCGUCCGGAGUGUUGACUCCGCCCCCCAGCAGCGAGAAACCCGAGGACACUGCGUCCUGACCGCGUCUCUGCUUCAGAUGUGUGGAUUGGGACAUGACCCACAGCCGUGCUGUUCUCAGAUCAGCCUCCAGAACCCUGCACAGCUUUUUAUUCUGCUCUCCUCAGACUCCUAAUGCCUUUUAGUCUUUAUUUUAAACACGUAUUACUGACUCACAGAGUCCCGGCCCGCCUGCCGAACCCUCGGAGCCUCCGUGCCCUGAAUGCUGCUAUAACGGGGGUGGGACGCGCACACACACACACGCACACACACACACACACACACACAGGGAAGAUUACGUUUAAUAUUUUACACUAGAUGUUUGUGUGUGUUGUGGUGAAUCACGCUGUUUUUGUAUGGAAGUUCCAGGUUACCAUGGAAACUGCUUUAACGGCUGUAGGACUGGGAUUUUAUUUUGAAAGUUUUUAUCCUCUGGUCCUGAGCGGAUUUUUACCAAAAUAAUUUUAACGUGAUGCUGCUAUUGUUGUCUUUUAUCAGAUUAAAUAAAGCUCUAAACACAGUG